AACGCGAUUUUGUGUUCUGUAAAUGCGAAGCUUCCCCCAUAUCUCGCAAGUUUCGGAAAAGAGUGCGUUAAAGUCUUUUCCCUGGGGCAGAGCCUCCCCUUCCUAGGCAGCUGUGUGGUGUGACGGUCUAAUCAGGAGUUUUACAGGAUAUACCUCUGUUCAGUCUGUAUUUGAAAAUUGUGUGAAAACAUUAGUGUAUGCGGAGAGACGUCACAGAUGUAACCGGGAGAGUCAAGUCCAAGUUCUCACUACAGACCUCUUAGCUAAGUGUUGUAUGCACAGUCUUUAAAGACACCUAAGCAACACCUGCAGUAAAAUUGCUACCGGGUCUUAAAUUUAUAAGGAAAAUGGCUCUGCUUGGAUUCUAUAGACUUUCUAUUUAUACUAAGAGCAUUUUUAUUUCCCAACAAGACCUUCCACAAGUUUAGACUUGCAUUUCUUUGAAAUGUAAAAGAUUCUAUGGACCUUAAUGAUCACAGCAACGAUGAUAAUUUUUAUGCUACUUUUAAAGUCUCAGGCACCACGGCAGGCUGUCACCUACCACGUAGUUCCUUAAGAGUGGUUGCCAGGCAGCUUAGGCAUUCGGAUCUUGCAGCCUAGGCUCAUCGCCUAGGAAUCCCUCCCUCCCUCCCGUGGAUUGGCUUGUUUGGUAUGACACUUUUACCAAAGCAAAGCAAAUCUAUAGAUUUUGCUGAGAAUCUAACAGUAAAAGAUGCAAACUGAACUAAGGAGGAAGGAAAUGCUACUUUGCAACUAUUAUCUGAGAGAUCUGUAACUAAGGCAGGCAGGAACCCAAAAUCAGCUCCGCCAAAUGUAUGAAAACACUCUGCGACCUCCGUACUUCGGUCGUGUACACACAACUGUAGAGCAGGACGUAGCAAAAGCGAGUAAACAGCCAAAAUGGCGCCUGGCGUCCUUGAAAAAGCCUUUUGGUCGUGUCCCUCCCUGAGAUGGCCCCUCCCUUCCCGGAUAGUUGAGUGACAGGGAACUGAAGCCAAUAGCGUCCCUGGUCCUGCACCCCUUUGGUUCAAUGGCCUAUCAGCGCGAGCCAGAGGGCGAGCGGGGCGGUGCCCCCACUAGUGUGCGCGCGCCGGCGGGUACACGGACGCCGUCUUCUCGCGCGCCUGCGGCACACGGGUGGAGCGGUCCUGGAAGCGUGGAGCUGGGCUCCGGGUGGGCUGGGCUGUCCUUGAGGUCCACUCGUGAGUCCCGAGGGCGGGCAGACCCCGCCCUGGAGCUGCGCUGCCUCCCUGGGAAUGCUUUGCAGUCCGUGCGCCUGUCUGGGUCACCUUUGACCGAUCACCAUCAUUAACCGAAGGCGCUGCGUGCACGAGAUAAAAGCCCUGGGAGUUAGUUUUACAUUUGUCCGUUUCUCCACAAAUACAGUAAAGUCCUCAAUGUCAGUGAAGGCUGCUAUGUGCUUAGGAAGCACGGGACCCGCCAACAGAAGGCUGAGGAGGCGCAACCAUGGACUUUGAGUGUCUUCAUCCACUAGCUUCCACAGAUCCCCACAGUCUGGAGCCCCAGCCCUGCUGACCACCUUCCAUGAGAAGGGAAAGUGAAUCUCGAGGCCAUUGCUUACCUGGUGAAGGCCAGAUCUCUGGAACGCUUGUGAGGCCCUCUGGCAGUGUGCACCCGGUUAUCUGGAACGCUUGUGAGGCUGUCCGGCAGCGUGCACCCGGUUAUCUGGAACGCUUGUGAGGCCGUCCAGCAGUGUGCACCCGGUUAUCUGGAACGCUUGUGAGGCCCUCUGGCAGUGUGCACCCGGUUAUCUGGAACGCUUGUGAGGCCCUCUGGCAGUGUGCACCCGGUUAUCUGGAACGCCUGUGAGGCCGCCCGGCGGUGUACCCGGUUAUCCGGAACCCUGGUAAAGCUGUCCAGCCGAGUGCACCCAGUUAUCUGCAUCCGUUAGCUAUGUCCUUCAGCGCCACCAUUCUCUUCACCCCGCCCAGUGGCAGUGAAGCCAGAUGCUGCUGUUGUGCCUGUAAGAGUGAGACUAGCCAGGGCAGCUCGGGUUCUCAGGGUGGGAAUCCUCCCACCAGCACCCCUAUCACAGUGACAGGACAUGGCCUGGCGGUUCAGAGCACGGAACAGCUCCUGCAUAUUAUCUACCAGCGGGUGGACAAGGCAGUGGGUCUGGCUGAGGCGGCCCUGGGUCUUGCUCGCGCCAACAACGAGUUGUUAAAACAGCUCCAGGAAGAAGUGGGUGAGCUACGGCAGGGGAAAGUGUGCACCGCCGAUGAAGAUGGGGAGAGCCGGGCCCGCAGCCCACCACCCGAGGAGCCUGGACUGCUCAAGGGGAGUCCGGGGGAAGCCUGCAAGACACUCUCUGCCAUGGAGGAGGAGUGUGACAGCGUGGGCAGUGGUGUGCAGGUGGUGAUCGAGGAGCUGCGGCAGCUGGGGGCUGCCUCCACCGUGGGGCAGGGGCCUUUGGGCUUCUUCACAGCCCCCCAGAGAGAUCUGCGGCUCCCGGGAUGUGCUCUGGCUGCGGUAGAGGGAGCCCCUCUGCUCAACCCCCCCAAGCUGUUCUCAGAUUUGGAACAGUUCUUCCACCUCAGCCUCCCAAGUGCUGGCAUGACGGGUGGAAGCCAGCGUGCCUGCUUCCAAGAGAGUUUUAUCUGGGGGAAGAUAGAGCGAAAGAUGGCGGACGAUUAUGUAGCCUCUGAGGGUGCAAUACAACGAGUGUUGGUCCCUGCUUACGCCAAACAGCUUUCACCAGCCACACAGCUGGCUAUCCAGAGGGCAUCCUCAGAGACAGGAGCAGAAAAUGGAGCCAAGCUCCCAGGAACCCGUCCCGAGGACAUGCUUGGUUCAGCAGCACUGGACAACGCCCUGGAAGAGUCGGGCCCGGGCAGCACUGGGGAAUUGAGCCGUUCUAUGGGAUUUAUCAGCUCCCCAUGCAGGAUCCGUGGGACUGGGCAGAAAAACUCCAGGCGCAAGCGUGAUCUGGUGCUCUCCAAACUGGUCCACAAUGUGCAUAACCACAUCACCAACGACAAGAGAUUCAACGGAUCUGAAAGCAUUAAGUCGUCUUGGAAUAUUUCAGUAGUGAAAUUCCUUUUGGAAAAGCUGAAGCAGGAGCUGAUGAGCAGUCCCCACAAUUACACAGAUAAGGAGCUGAAAGGAGCCUGUGUGGCCUACUUCCUUACUAAAAGGCGAGAGUACCGCAACUCUCUCAAUCCUUUCAAAGGCCUAAAGGAAAAAGAGGAGAAGAAACUUCGAAGUCGCCGAUACCGGCUUUUUGCCAACCGAUCCAGCAUCAUGAGGCAUUUCGGCCCCGAGGACCAACAGCUGUGGAAGGCUGUGACAGAAGAGCUGAUGUCCGACGAGGAGGACAGUCUCAGUGAGCCAGGUGUGUGGGUGGCCCGCUCGCCCCGCUUCAGGGCCCAGCGCCUCACAGAGCUCUGCUACCAUCUGGAUGCCAACUCGAAGCAUGGCACCAAAGCCAACCGUGUCUAUGGGCCUCCCUCAGACAGACUGCCUUCCGUGGAAGCCCAGCUCCUUCCACCCGAACUUUACAAUCCCAACUUCCAAGAAGAGGAAGGAGGCGGAGGCAACGAGAAAGGACCUGUCUCUCCAUCCUUUGACCAGCCUCACAAGACCUCCUGUCCUGAUUUGAACUCAUUCAUUGAAAUCAAGGUGGAAAAGGAUGAAUACAGUCUCUAACAAGGGUGCCUCUGGCUCCUGUCACUCUCCACAAACCAGAAACGGGUGGCUCAGAAAAAUGAGGUGCCUCCUGCAGUCAGAAAAAGCAAAUCUGCUUCUCUUAACAUAGUGUCUACUUGAAGUGGAAGCCGGAGACUCUAGUGAGAGGACAGAAUUCACGUGGAAGGCAGGGAAGAGGCCCCGCCCCUCCGCACCAAUGGCAAGCCCGGAAAUGCUUUUUCCUUAAGUAUAAACAGUGCCUCAGAGGAGCCUGGGAUGGGAAAGGGGAAUGGGCCAAAGAAACAUGAGGCCUUGAUACAUGUCCCGAUCUCUGAUUUUGUUUGCUCCCCUUUUACCCUUCAUCUUCCAUCCCCUCCCUCCCCCUUCUUUGUACCUACAGCUCAGGAGAAACACUGCAGGUCCUGUACUGACCUGGAAGCAGAACAGACCAGCCAGGGUGAUACUGCCCCCUGGUGGGAGGUUUCAGUCAUGGGCUUUCUCUUCUGAGCAAGGGAAUAUGGGCUUACUGCUAUUUGGAAUUAGGGUCUAGAUGUGAUAGUUAUUGUUUGAAUUUUUUAAAUGAUAGUUAUUAUUUGUUGGAUUAUGUGAGAAAAUUUUAUUAUUCCCAUAUUACAUGUGAUAAAAUUAAAACUUAAACAUUUCUCUUGUUGCUGGGCAUAGUGACUCAUAUUUAGAAUCCCAGCAUUUAGGAAGCUGAAACUGGAGGACCGCUGUGAGUCCAAGGCCAGCUUGGCUAGCCUGGGCUUCAGAGUGAAACCCUGUCUCAAAAAAAGGAAAAAAACAAGCCCAAGCCAAGCAGUGGUGGUGUAUGCCUCUAAUCCAGCACUCAGGACGCAGAGGCAGGCAGGUCUCUGUGAGUUCCAGGCCAGCCUGGUCUAUGUAGUGACAGUGAGACCCUCUCUCAACAAAAACAAGAACAACACAAGGAAACAAGCAAAAAUCCACUCCCAUGUCUCGCUGACAGCUUCUCUUCCAUUCUUGUGAUCAAGCACACACUGUUUUGUAGCUAUUUCUCAGUCUUGGCGGCCACGCUGUAUUUUGAGGAAGGUGUACGCACAUGCAUUACAAAUGGAUUAAGAAGUAAAAUGGCUUUAAACUCA